AACUGGUUGACCCUUUGACUCAUACGCGGCCCAGUUUAAGCCUUGAAAUUUUGAGCGGCCACUUUCGUAUCCAGAGACAAACACCUUUUCGCUCCCAAUUUCUGCAGAAAACUCAAGGCUUCUUCGUUUCAGCUUCUCCUCCUUCAGUAUCAUUGUUUUUAAUAGUUUAUUUCUAUUAGGUCUUCAAGAAAUUUGAGAAAUGGGUGGACUGCCGGCAGAAAAUACUUCCUCUGCCUUGGUUUUGAAAGGGUCGCAGCCAAAUCAUGGGUCGGCAGUCACUACUCCUGCCCUGGACACAAAGCCGAAGAAGAAGAUCUGCUGUGCUUGCCCGGAUACUAAGAAGCUGCGAGAUGAAUGCAUUGUGGAGCAUGGUCAAGACGCAUGCACAAAAUGGAUCGAUGCUCAUCUCAAGUGCCUACGCGCAGAAGGCUUCAAUGUUUGAAGUUGCCGGAGAUGGUUAAGAUAAUAAGUUGAGGGCUACAUGAACAGUUUUGAAAGGAAACCAUUUAUUUUAGGUUUAGACAUACAGCAUGAUAAUAUUAGAAAUUUGAAGAAUAAUACAUAGAGAGCUUCUUAUUUGACUUGUAUUUACGUAAUUUUAUCAGAUUUACAAUCACGCCCUUCAAAAUUUAUGAAGGUACACUA